GAAAAUGGCCGCCGCAUCAGCACCAUCAGACAGGGCUCAGGCACGUCUGUCUUGGUUCUAACUAAGUUCGGUGGUCUUUUUAAAUCAGAAGAUUAAAAAUGUUUUCUGAUGAAACUCUGGAGUCCGUGAGGGUGGAGUCAGUGUGGCGGAAAUCCCAGCAGGGGGCGCAGCAGUCGAAAAGCUGUCAGACUCCAGCUGUGAGCAGCGGCCAUGCAGGAGUCCAGACCGGGUCCCGGGUGUCCAGUUCCACCCAGACUGAACCACAGCAGCAGGACCAUCAGCUGGAAAACCUUAACGGUCCUGAUCCACCUGGUCUGGUGGACUUCCUGAGGCGCGUGGAGGAGCUGCUCAUCAAGGAGCUGCUGAAGAACUCCAGGAGCCAUGCUUUCGAUGGUUUCCAGGCGAACUGGACGGAACCAAGCCAGCAUGUUUCGCAUCUCCACGGCCUUCAACACGCCGGCACUCAGGAACAGGGUCUUCAUGUGAGCGCCGUGUCCUGGAGCUGCACCGGUUCCGUCAUCGCCUGUGCUUACGGCCGAACCGACGACGGCGACUGGAGCAACCAGAAGUCCUGUGUCUGUCUGUGGAACCUAGACCGUCGGAGUCUGAGGCCCAAACAGGCGGAUCUGGUUCUGGACGUUCCGGCAGCGGUGACGUCUGUGUGCUGCCACCCGGAGCGGCCCGCUCUGAUCGCAGGAGGUCUGUACAACGGAGAGGUGCUGGUCUGGGAUACCAGUCGGACUCAGGAUCCGGUUCUGGCCCAAACUGGAAUGUCAGCGGACAGUCACAGAGAGCCGGUGUAUCAGGUGGCCUGGGUUCCUCUGCAGAAGAAAGGAGAGUUUGGAGUUCUGAGUUCUAGUUCUGGAGGAGGAGUUCUGCUGUGGACGGUGGAUCCGGACCAAGGCCGAAUGGUUCUGAGCUCUGCAUACGCUUUCGUACGACAGCAGGUUCCCCACAGCAGCAGCCUGAAGAUCCGAGGCAGCAGCACCGUGGGAGUCACCGCCUUGGCUCUCUCUCCGUGGGACUCGGACACGUUCCUGGUCGGGUCCGAGGGCGGCCUGCUUCUCCUAUGCUCCUUCUCCUCUCAGAUUCCAGCCGCAGUGGCCCCCGAGGGCCGGAGUGUGACCCCGAGAGCCCCGACGGUGUUCUCGUUCCGGCCGUCAAGCGGUCCAGUUCACUCCAUGCACUGCUCGCCGUUCCACAGGAAUCUGUUCGUCAGUGCAGGAACUGCCGGCCUGGUCCACGUUCACUCGCUGCUGCAGGCUGACCCGCUUCUCUCGGUCCGGGUGUCGGACUCGUACGUGUUCCAGGUCCAGUGGUCCCCCAGCAGACCGCUGGUGUUCGCAGCCGCCACCGGACAAGGUGAGGUCCAGAUCUUUGACCUGAACCGUAGGUCCCUCAGACCCGCCGCCACCAUCCAGGACGGCGCUCCGGGUCAGACCGCCACCUGCCUGGCCUUCAACGGUCCAAACCCUCGGCUCCUGGCGGUGGGAAGAUCAGACGGAACGGUCGGCAUUUGGCAGCUGAGCUCGGACCUGACGGAGCCGGGUCCGAAUGAGCGCCUCCAGCUGGAGCAGAUAGCCAAUCAGGUGGCAGAGUGAAGCGUUCUGUUCUAACUGGGAGACAAAUAAAAGC